AUGUCCUCCCUGCGCAACGCGGACCCCACGCUCAGGGUAUACUUCAAGCACCACAGGCUCCUCGAUGUCUACGAGACUCUUCUAUGUGGUGUAUUUAUUAUGUGUCCAGAGGAUCCACUUAAGUUUUUAGAAGAAAAGAUCAGAGAAAUUAUGGAGAAGGGACUAGAUGGUAUUUUAUGGGAUACAUGUAUUGAUUCAUCCUUGAGGCCAAAAUUAAAGAGGAUUUCAGAAACUUAUUUGCACAUCCUUUUUGGACUAAAUGAUGAACAGCUGAUGACUGAAGAGUUAUGUGGCAAAGCAUGGAACUUUUACAGCAAAAACUUAAAGAAACUGUACUUUCAUACAUGUAUUUGUAAAAUACCUCAUGAACUUCAUCAUGAUAUUGUUGGAUUAUACUUCUGUUGUGUUAUUUUUUUUCAGAGUUUGGUAAAGGGAGACCAGGAAGAAUAUUUUGAUAAACAGGAUGAUGUACAAUAUUCUUCUACCUCAGAAACAGUCAAAGAUGAAAUAUCAAAUAUACCAGAAAGAGCAAUAUUACAGAUUGAUUUUUCUUCAGUAAAGCACAAGAUGCAGGACAAAACACUAAUAAAUAUUCUGAAGAAAUGGCGUACUUAUGUGGUACGUUUGAAUCUUCGUGGUUGUUCUUCUCUUCACUGGCCAAGCUUUAAAAGUAUUAGUGAAUGUAAAAAUUUGCAAGAUUUGAAUGUCUCUGAAUGCCAAGGAUUAAAUGAUGAAUCAAUGAGACUUAUAUCAGAAGGUUGUCCAGCUCUUCUCUAUUUAAAUCUGUCAUACACAGAUAUUACUAAUGGGACACUAAGACUGUUAUCAAGGAGCUUCUCCAAUUUACAAUAUCUGAGUUUAGCUUACUGCAGAAAAUUCACAGACAAAGGUUUACAGUACCUGGGAUCUGGGAAAGGAUGUCACAAGCUCAUCUAUUUAGACCUUUCAGGUUGCAUUCAGAUCUCUGUUGAUGGCUUCAGAUAUAUUGCUAACAGCUGCAGUGGGAUUAAGCACUUGGUAAUCAAUGAUAUGCCAACUCUUACAGACAAAUGUAUUCAAGCUUUAGUUGAAAAAUGCCAACAGAUUAUGUCUGUUGUUUUUCUGGACUCUCCACAUCUUUCUGAUGUAGCUUUUAAAGCCCUUGCUGAAUGUAAACUUGUCAAGGUCAGAAUUGAAGGAAAUAAUCGGAUUACUGAUCUAAGUUUCAAGUUGAUGAGCAAAUCUUGCCCACAAAUCAAGCACAUUUAUAUGGCUGAUUGCCAGAAGAUUACAGAUGUCAGUCUUAAGUCAAUUUCUCCGUUGAAGUAUAUUCUUGUAUUGAAUUUAGCAGACUGUGUAAGAAUCAGUGAUGCAGGUUUACGAUCAUUUUUAGAAGGAUCUUCAGGGACAAAGCUAAGAGAACUGAACUUGACUAACUGUAUCCAUGUCACUGAUGCCUCCCUCAUGAAAAUAGCCCAAAGGUGCCAUAAUCUGGCCUACCUGAAUAUGCGUUACUGUGAAAGCGUGACUGAUGCUGGGAUUGAGGCACUGGGAAACAUGACCUCAUUGAUAUCUAUUGAUAUUUCUGGAACCACUGUCUCAGAUAUGAGCUUGGCAGCUCUGGGCCACACUAGAAGAAUGAAGGAACUUUCUGUAUCUGAAUGUAGGAAGAUCACUGAUAUGGGAAUUCAGAAGUUCUGCCAGGGUGCAAAAGAUCUAGAAUACUGUGAUGUCUCUUACUGCUUUCAGCUGACAAAUGAAACUGUCAAAGCUUUGGCAUUUAACUGCCACCAACUUACAUCCCUCAACAUAGCUGGUUGCCACAAGAUGACGGAUUUGUGUGUUCAGUAUUUGUCUGGAGUCUGCCAUUAUCUCCACUUCUUGGAUAUCUCAGGCUGUGUACAUCUUACUGACAAAACACUAAAGUACCUUUGGAAAGGUUGUACGCAACUCCGGAUUCUUAAGAUGCUGUACUGCAGAAAUAUUACCAAACAAGCUGUUUUGAAAUAUUCAGCCAAGCUAGAGAAGCAGGAAUAUAAUGAUGCCGACCCUCCUGCAUGGCUUGGGUAUGAUAGCGGUGGAGGUGUACUCCCCCUCACCAAGAAACCCAAAACAGGACCUGAAAAAGCUAAAGCCUUGUACCAGAAUGAAAACAAAGAAGCUGCAUAA